AUGCAAAGACAGGACAGUAAGGAAAUGAGAUCUUCAGAUGAACUCAACCUAUACAAUAUUGAUAUCCAGGAUGUUCCUCUUAUAAUACAUCAUUCUCCUCCAAUGAAUAAUGUUCCAAUAAACCCGAUUGAGCAGAUGAAGCUUGGAUGACAAAAAUUAAAAGAAGAUAUUAACAAGAUGGUCUUUACCUCUGGCAACAGUUUCCUUCCAGAGCAUGGAAUGACCAAAGAGGAAUAUGAGAGGUUAUAAAAGAAGAAAAUCAAAAAGAUAACCUGAAUAACCUGAAAUUGCUUGUCAAUAAUAGCAACAAUGCAAGGAGAUCCGAAAUGAGAGGGAAAAGAACUAAAGAAAAAGCUAUCCCAAAAUCGUUGAAAAUUAACAAUUUCUCACCUAAACCUUCGAAAAUUUGGAAUUUGCAAGAAGAAACUCAAUUGCCCACUCUCUCACCUCCGAGUAGGGCAAGUCGGAGGCCUCAAACUUCGAUUUUAUUAGGCACAUUAGAAACAAACCAGACAGUAGGAAAGAAGAGUGUUGUACCAAGUCCUAAAUUAGCUCCAAAGCCUAAAAGUAGAAUGGGGAUUCUGAACGUUAAUAUGACUGAUACGAAGAACAGAAGAGAGAUACUUGAGAGCAAAGACUUCGACCAAUUCUACAAGCAGUCGUUGUUGCCAAAGGAGCUCAAGAAGCUCAACCCAGCACUCUAUGGGAUGGACUCCAGUAACCUGAUGAGAGCUAUUAGCCCAGUUUAUCGAGAACCUACUGAGAAAGAAAAGGAUAUCAUCAAGAUGAAAUUCGAAGUUUUGAAGAUGAAUAAUAAGUUCACAAAUCACAGAAAAGAUCUGGAGAAGCAAUUUGCCCCGAAGAGAAUGAAGUCACCCCAACCGAAUGUAAAGACUGAAUUCCAGAAACAAUUCAGGAAAAAUACUCAGCUGUACGAGACCAACCUAAAAAUGGGAAACAGCGCUCAAAUUUACAGAAAUGGUUCAUGUAUCUCUCCGGAGCCAAAAGUCAGAUUCUCAGAGAUCAAGGGGAAACUUGGUUUUAGAGGAGUGACAUUUCGAGCUAAUUCAAACAUUAAGCCAAAAGGCGAAGCUAGAUCAAGAAUCUUAAGUGACCCAAGAGCAGAAAGAGAAAAGUAUUCUGAUAAAGUAUCAGAAGUCUCAGAGUCCAGUAUGGAAUCCGAGGAGUCUAAAUAAGGUUAACAGGACUGCUAACAGAGUUCUUAACAAGAAAAUCCCAACUACAGACAUGAAAUUUUUCCGUAACAAAAGGACCAAAUCUAAGGCUUUUAAGAGGGAAAGGAAGAUCAAGCUUAAUAAGAUCAAAUUCAACAUCAGGAACAACAUUGCUUCACCCAUUCUAAGGGAGAGAUUGAAUCAGAAUAAAACCAAAUCCAAAAUCACUAAGAAGUCUAGGAAAACAAUAGUAACUUCUCCAGAGGGCCGCAACAGGAUAUUCUCAUUUUCACAAGGGAAUACAGGUGGAUUGACUAAGAAAAUGAAGCUCAAGACGAUGGUGAGAGGCUAA